AUGCCGCGAUCCAGCUUCUCCGAUAACCCGCUGCUGCGGGUGUCGCGUCCCGUCUCGGCCUGCUCUAGAUGUCGAAGUGCUAAGGUCAAGUGUGAUGGCAAGCUGCCUGCGUGUACAGCCUGUGAGAAGGCUGGAAGAGACACUGAGUGCUCUGCGGCAAACGACCAGUUUGCCAGGGGCAAGGAGCGAAGUUAUGUCGCCGCGCUGGAAUUGCGUGUCGAGAAGCUAGAAAGACGACUGGCAUAUGCGCGCUCCAGAAAGGCAUCAGUUGCUCAACAUGAGACUGAUAAUGCCCUACCCCCUAUACCCGAAUCAGAUCGCAAAGACUCGCUCGCGACCAUCCGAGCUGCGAUACAUCGCAAAGCAGCGCGGAAGCGGGAGAAUUCAGAUGUCAACUCGCUGAUGUCCGACUUUGGUUUCCUGUCCAUCAAUGCUACGACACGGGACUUUGAACCCUCACUGAGCAAUAUGACGUUCGCGCGGCUUGUUCUGGCCGCUGCUUCUAAUGACGCCAUUCCCGAUACGCCGGACUGGAGUAUGCCGUCGCGACAAGAAGCCAUUGCCCUUAUACAGCAUUACAUGACAAACAUCUACUCACUAUUCCCAGCCUUCUCCGAGACAGCUCUAUAUAACGUUCUUGAUCAGGUUUACUCGAUGCAAGACCGACAUAUCAAGGACUAUGACUACUGGCUUCUGUACAUGGUACUGGCCAUUGGGUCUACAGCGCAGAGUCAGGUCAAGAAUGACCAAUACUACAUGAUGGGCCUCGACCUCGUUUCGCGGGCCCUGAAACAUGCCGAUCAGGCUCUCAUGCCCGGUUAUACCACCCAGAUACAGUCACUUAUCCUGCUCACGCAGUAUUCAAUGUUAGACCCUGCCCAUUUCGAUAGUUGGCACCUGAUAGGCUUCACUUGCAGGGCAGUGAUAGACUUGGGUUACCAUCAGGAUCCGCCAAGUGAGCAACUCUCAGAUAAAGGGGUGCUGGACAUGAGGCGCAAGACGUUUUACUGCGUAUACUCACUCGACCGGUCUAUCAGCAUGGUUCACGCACGGGCGUUCGCCUUUACGGACGCCGCGACCAACGUCGCGUGGCCGAGGCCUUCAUCAUUCAGUCGCAAGGCAUCCAUAACCGGCCAAAUUCUGUCCGGAUCCGAGCCCGCCUUUCUACUGUUCCAACUUCGUCGAGCGCAGUCACACUGGUAUCAAGCAUUGUUCCAAUCAGAUCCCACGCCAUUGCAAGACUCUUCGUCCUUCAUCUGGCAAAUGUGCCAGGACAUGAGGGAGUGGGCCGAGGCGCUUCCCAACCACCUGCCAAUCGGGAUGAGGGAGUUGUUCGACCUCGAAGUGCGAUACAGCUUCGUCUACUGCAUCUCGCCAUCGGCGAGGGCUCCCCAGCUCACCGAUUACGGCCGCAUGCUCAUUUUCGAGCACACCAUCGCCUACCUGGACCGCAUAUACCACGUCGCGCACAGCGGCAUGAACACGGCCUUCUACUCGUACCACGACGCACUGCGCGUCUUCUUCAUGGCGAGCCAGUUCAUUGCGGUGCUGCGCGACGCGGAGGACAUGCUCCUCGCCGGCGUGACGGUCGCGCCGCCCUGCGUCGAGCUCGGCCAGGCGCAGCCUCCGCCGCUGCCCCCGCGGCCGGGCGGUCCCGCCGUCGACAACCUUGAGCGGAGUCUCGGCUGUCUGGAGCGCACCUCGCGGACGCUGGCGAAGUAUGGUGAUCGGUGGGCGGACUCGGUGUCGCUGAAGCGCAGCUUUGAUAUCAUCUCCGGCGAGCUGGUGGAGCGUCUGCGCUUGCGGCAGCAGCUGAGACAGAGGGCGUCGCCGCCGCAGCAGAAUAUGCACAGGGAGAUGCGCUGGGUUGACGUCGAUGUCGAGGCCAUGAUGAGGGCGGGUGCUGGCGGUUCUCGAGCCAUCAAGUACGAGCAUUGA